AUGGAACCGAACAAUCUCGGAAGGGCACCUUCGAAGAUGUACGGUAGCAGAGAUAAGAGAAACUCGAACCUCUACUGCCUGUACCACCGAGACAUCGGGCAUGAGACUGAAGACUACAAUGAUCUCAAAAGGGAGAUUGAGAAUCUCAUCAGUCGGGAUGAUCAACCGCGAGACGAAAGGCGGACGUCGAGAAGCAGCUGCAGGCCCCCAGAGGAUCCUAGGGAGACAAAAAGGCCUCCUCGAAACGGAUCUUCAGGUCAUGGGCUAGGGUAUGGACCCAACAUAGUCGGAGUCAUCAAUACCAUCGCCAGAGGUCCGACGGGAGGAGAUAGCCAGAAUUCCCGGAAGAGGACCUACAGGCAAGCUAACCCGAAUCAGGCCGAGUCAAGCUCCCGCCUGACCGAAGUGAUCUCUUACGGACCUAGCGAUCCUGUCCCAACUGUCUCGAGCAGUCAUGAAGCCUUGGUGAUUGAAGUGCUCACCAACAAUUAUAUUGUCAAGAAGGUCUACAUUGACCCAGGAAGUUCGGUGGACGUCAUGUACCUCCGCACGUUUGAAAGCCUUAAGUUGACAAGAGAACACAUGACCCCGCGAACCAUCCCUGUCAAUUUCGUGGUAGUUAAGGCCGACUCUCCGUACAACUUGCUCCUGGGUCGAUCCACGCUUAAUGCUUUGCGAGCAGUGUACUCCACAUACCAUCUGAAUUUUAAGUUUUCUACCCCCGCGGGUGCUGCCGAGGUAAGCAGCGAUGUCUGCGCUGCCAGAGAGUGCUACCUCGCCACUUUGCAGGCAGCCUCCACAUCGGCCUCCGGCACGAGAUCCGAGAAGAGGCCCAACAUCCUGUCAAUUGAUUGCAUCGACCCUCAGCGAGCUGAGAAGCCCUAG